GGUUCCCAAGGGAGAGUGGGAAGCACCUGCGGACUGAGUCGCAUCCUCUCCCACUGGGACCCUCAUCGCAUCCGCCCACCCCAAACCGAGGGGGCUCCACUCCCUACCGGCCCCUCCCAGCAGCCCAGCAGGAGUGCACCUGGGAGCCUCCCGGAGGGACACUCCCCGGGGAGGAGCUGCCGGCAUGGCGGGCCCAGCCCAGGCUGGCCGCCAGCUCUCAGUUCUGCUCCUCCGCCCACCCCGGGACCAACAUGGCCCAGGAGCGUCCUGCCUGCGGCGCCCUGGAGCCCGAGCACGUCCAGCAGCUGCUGAUCUCCUGCCAGGAGGCCAAGAAGUCCGCCUACUGCCCCUACAGUCGCUUCCCGGUGGGGGCCGCCCUCCUCACUUGGGACGGGAGUAUCUUCUCUGGGUGCAAUGUAGAAAAUGCCUGCUACCCACUGGGCAUCUGUGCUGAACGGACCGCUAUCCAGAAGGCCAUCUCAGAAGGGUACAAAGAAUUCAAGGCAAUUGCUAUCGCCAGUGACUUACAAGAUGAUUUUAUCUCACCAUGUGGGGCCUGCCGGCAAGUCAUGAGAGAGUUCGGCACCAACUGGGCUGUCUACAUGACCAAGCCGGACGGCUCGUACGUCGUCAGGACGGUCCAGGAGCUGCUGCCUGUCUCCUUUGGGCCCGAGGACCUGCAGAAGAUCCAGUGAAGAACUCAUAGUUGAGAGGGGGAGACAGAGAAGGAGCUCCUAGCCCACUCUAGGAAGGAUCAAAGGAGGCUUCCUGGAGGAGGUGACCUCAAGUAUGAAUGGCGAUUUUUUUCAAAGAGGUAAGUCAAGACAGAGGGAUCAGCAUAAUGCUUCGGACAACUGCAGGUAAUUCAGUAUUUCUGGACCAUGAAGGGCAAGGAAGGAAGACAGCAAGAGAAAGACAUUAAGACCAAUAGUGAAGGGCCUUCUGUGCCAGGCUAAGGAGGUUGGGAUUUAUCCUGAGGGCACAGGGCAAGGGCAAAGAGCCUGUAAAGGGCUUUAAACAGCAGGUGACAGAGCCAUGUGUGUACUUUGAAUAAUCACUGCAGGGAAGCAAAUAUAUUGGACUGCAUAAACCACAGACUGAAUGUCUCAACAGCACAUCUUCCUAAUCCAUCACCACCCCAUUUCCAUCCAUCUUCCCUGGGCAAAACAGAAAGACUUCUACCCAGUGAAAUCUCACUCUCUGCCCAACAGUGUCUGAUUCUAACCUCCAAAAACUACAGCCCAACAGUUUCAAGUAGCUGGAUUUUGAUCUGCCAGCAGCUUUGCUCUGUCAACAGCUUUAGCAAAAAUUCCUUUCACCUCUGCACAGAGAUAGCAUUUCUGAAAUGGUCUGUGGAUAAAGGAUGCUGCUGCUCUGGGGAAAUGUGUCUGUCUCCUGCCAGGAGGAGACAAAGAGCACUGAAAUGGUGCCAAAGGACACCAUCCAGAAGGAAAGGUCAACUGGCCCUCCACAGCUCUCUUCUUGAAGUCUUGUCUUUUCCCAUUUUUACAUUAGCAUCAGCUUUAUUUCCCCCAUGUCCUUUGGGGGAAGGUGAAAUGAUGCUUCUUAGGAAUAUUAUGUAAGGGAAAGGGUGCAAGAAUGAAAGAAGGAUGCCCACAGAGCAUCCUGUACACCAGAUGCAUUCCAUUCUCCAACUCUUGUGGCUGAGCAUAUCAAUGCCUGCCUGAUACGUCACUGACAUUUAAUAAAUGUUCCAGGAAUGAAUGAGACUCAUAUAGAAUAUUAAUCUGCAGUAUAAACAGACACCUCAGCAGAAAACCGUAUACCAUAUCCCCGACUUCACUUUCUUGGGAUAGCACUGCAGAGAUGGAAGAUGAAACAGGAGAAGCUCAGAACCAUCCCCUGCGACCUGAGACUUGGUGCCACCAUGGGAAGACUUUUCCUUCUACAGAGAACAGACGGGGAUGAACAGAAUCAGGGCCAUGAUCCCUGAGAGAGGCAGCCCCUGCACCCCACCACAAUAAGGCUGUUAUCUGCCCUGAGAAUAGAGAACCUGGGCACCCUGCAAGCACUGCUGAAGCCUCUCUGUUUAGAAGUCCCCUCGCUUGCCCUCUUCUUACAGAGGUCUGCUGAAGAAUCAAGCUUUGCACUGUGCUUGGUUCAGACCUGUCAGAAGCAACUUCAAUGCUCAACAGAAGGGGAAGUGAGCUAGGCCAAUGCUCUCUGAUGACAAAGAAACUGCACAGCCUACAGGGUUAAUUAACAUCAGUCUGGAGAUGUCAUUUCUGCAGGUGGGUAGGCUAAGUUAUCAGAGGUCCUGCGAUUUUAUUUGCAGCUUCAGAGUACAAAUACAAAGGCUGAUGACAAAUGCACUCUGUAACUCAACAACACCAGUACAGCGUCCCUCUAGUGAACGCAUCUUAAAUAGCUGCAGUCAUCACAAGCCUCCUGGUAUAAGGUGGCAUUCCUAGGAGAGUAAAGAAAAUCCUUGUAGUUAAACCAUUAAAUAUUGCAGAGAACCUCUUGUUCCUUCCCAGUAAACAUUAAAGAGCUGUAAUGAUGACACACAGCAGAUGAAAUUUAAACUUUAAAUGAGACCUUUGCCCCAACUGUUUCCCUAGGUGUGCCCGUGGUCACAAGAGCGUGAAGUCUCUCCCACCUUCUCUGCCUUAUCUUUCUGUAAAAAACAAUUUCAAUGGUGCAUUUCAAGUGUAAUUUAAAAUUCUCUGAGCUCAAUCAAGGAAUUAAAGGAAUUAAAUCCGAUUUCUAUGGGUUCUAUAAGUAAGUUGAAAAGAAAGUCAUCUAUUUGUCUAUUUAUGUAUCUCCCAAAUAAAUGUUUGGGGACCACAAGGGCCCUGCAAUUUCUCCCAAGAGAGAGCAGAACACAGACACACAGACACACACUGCUGAAACAGUUGGCUACCCGACCGUAGCCAGGGAUCCACGCCUUGAACAAGCAAGCUGCAGACCCAGAACCCUUCAUGACUGAAGAUUCCCUCCAACAGCAGCUACCGCCUACAUGUCCCCUGACUUUGUCUUUAAAGGAAGAAAGGGAUGUGAAACCUUUUGCUUGUGCCUUGCCUCUGUCUCUCUCCCCAUGUCCUGCCUUUUUUGCCUCUCCAUCAUCAGAAGAAUCACAGUGAAGACACUUUAGAAAUACACUGAGAGCAGAGUUCAACUCAAGGUUUAUGGUACAACGAAGCUCAUUAUUCAAAUGUAUUUUUUGUUUGAAACCAUUAAAUUCCAAGACAAUUCAGUAAACUGUGAACUUUAGCGCACUAUUCAAAAUAAGUUCAUUUUUCAAAAAAUAUUUAGACCAUGAAUGAGUUACUGAUUUAUGUUAAAAAUAUUUUUAUGUAAAAUGUUUAUUGAAAUAUUACACAGAAAAUUUCACAAAUCAAAGUGUACAGCUGUGAAUUUUCAUCCCAUGAACAUACCCUGAUCAAGAAACAACAUCACCUGCACCCCAAAACCUCCCAAAUCCUCUUCUAGUAACUACCCUCCAAAGAGCAACUGCUAUCCUGCUUUCUAACAUACAUAUUUUGUCUGCCUUUGAACUUUACGGUGGAUCCAUGUAGAAUCACAUGGUAUUUCUUUUUAUGUUUGCCUCCUUUAACUGAUCAGUAUAUAUAUAUAUGUAUUUAUAAAAUGUAUCCAUGUUGUUACAUAUAGUUGUAGACACUCAUGGCUGUUUUGCAUCCCAUUGAGUGACUAUACCACAAUUGAUGCUGUCUAGUAUAGAUGGCCAUUUGAACUGUUCCUGGUUUUACGCUGUGUGGAAUCAUGCUGCUAUGAACAUUCCUGGGGAAAUUAUGUAUGCGUUUCUGUGGGUCUAUAGCCAGAAGUGAAAUCACCAAGUCCUCAUUUAAAUAUAUAUUAGUUUCAAUAUAUUUAAAUUCACCAAAUUCAAAGAUGGAUCCUUUUGCAGUUGUCUUAUUUUUAUCUGCUGGCCUGUUGUUCCCACUUACUCCACAGCAUAGAACCAGGGCUGUGCUGAAGGACCCAAAUAAGCCCUGAAAUAAAUGGGUUAGGCUGUGUCUCUCUACUCAAGCAACAGUGAGACGGGUCUCAGGACAAAUGAAAGUCUCCUUGUCCUGAGCUCACCCACUCACACACAGAGAUUCAUGGCCACAUCCACAAAAAUAUUCCACAUAUCUUCCAGGGCCUGUUACCCACAACCAGGCUUAGGGGUAAGGAAUGGAAACUCAUGAUCACAGGAACAUUUUUUUUUCUUUUUUUCUGGUCUUGUAAUAGCCAAUUCAUUUAUUUAUUUUAAAUUAUUUAUUUAUUUG